AUGGCAGAACCCAUUUCAAUCAACGCCGGCCUACCGAAUCAUGACAGACCAUCAGAUGAGGUCCAAGAACAGACCGAUGUUUCUUCCUCAAAGAUGCGCACGCGCACAAGGUUAACUGAUUAUCAGAAGCAGGUCCUGGAGCGCGUUUUUGCUUCGUCUCCGUACUUAACCUCCACCCAGCAGACAGAGGUGGCCAAUGGACUGGAAAUAACAAAACAGGUCUUACAGAACUGGUUCAAGAAUAAGAGGUACCGUUUGAGGCUUAAGAAAGGCCCGACAAACAAUAAAACGAGGCGUCUUAUUCCAGCUCCAGUGCAAUACAUCGAAAAUAUAGGACCUCAAAAUGCCUACGUUGGGGUCCCUACCGGCUUCUUCUAUCCUCAGUGCUUCAAUCCUCCACAGGGUCAAGAAGAUAUGGCUUGCUUAUAUCCUCCUGCCACAAGCAGUUAUUACCUCCCUUAA